UCUUAUUUAAUCAGAAUGUAUUUGAUAUCUUCUAGUCACACACCUAAAAUUGAUGAAUGGAAAAAGGCAUCUGUGCAGGAAUGGAAGGAUGAGAUGGUAGACAUGCGUAAAAUGAUAUCGAAGUUUGCAAAUAUUCCUGAAAGUGAAAUAACUGGGACGCGUGCACCUUUUCUACAAACAAGUGGAAAUAACUAUUUUACAGCUCUGACAGAAAAUAAUUUCAAGUGGGACUCGUCUAUGCCAACUCGAAAAUACUCUGGAAAAGAUUCUUUCUACAAGAUGUAUCCAUACACACUGAACUUUGGCUAUGAACAAGAUUGUGUUAUCACACCCUGUCCUAACAAAACAUAUAGUGACUUCUGGUUAGUACCAAUGGUGAUGCAGUACAGAAGCAGAACACUUGAAGAUGGUAGUGUGAUUGAAAUACCUUGUUCUAUGGUUGAUGCCUGUUCACCUCAACCUCAAACAAGAGGAGAUACCCUAAGAUUUCUACAAAAGAAUUUUAAUGAGCACUAUCAAACAAACCGCUCACCUAUGCCAAUCUAUUUACAUGAAACAUGGUUGAAAGAUGAAGAACGAAAACUAGGUUAUCUUGAUUUUAUUGACUGGGCUUUGAGAAAAGAUGAUGUAUUCCUUGUUACCAUUUCAGAAAUGUUGGAAUAUUUCAAAAAUCCUACACCUUUGAGUAAGUAUGUACAGAAAAAAUGUGUGAAGCAACCAUCUGAAAACAAGUGCUUAGUUAAAAGUGCAUGUGCAUAUGAAAAGGAGAAAACUCCAUUUGAAGGGCCACGGUACAUGAACAUUUGUAAUGGGGAUUGUCCAGAAUAUUAUCCCUGGCUGAAAAAUCCAUUUGGCAUCAGACCUUAAAAUGUUCUCUGUCACAUAAUAUAUUUUCUUUGUUGAAGAAUAGCAUUUUGUAUCAUUUGUUUCAAUUUUUAAGUAAUUUUACUUUUUUUUUUUAGGUACAUAGAAUAAGACUGGGAACUUCUAAUUAAAAUAUCAUAUGGUGCAAGCCUAUUUUGUGUGUCAAAAUAAUGUUAUUUUAUUAAUUCUUACCCAAAAUCUAAUUGGUAGAUGACUCAAGUAUAAACUGCAACUUACUUGCAAUAUAUGAAUCACAUCCUAAGAGUUAUUAUAUCUGUCAUAUCCCAGCCGCCUGAUCAGCUCUGUUGUUAAGACCUCUUCGGCACUGGAUACGAUAGAUCUUGUGUGAUUGACAUAUUAUAACAUAUUCUCUCUUACUUUCACUCAUGUCUUAAAAAUACUACAGUUUCUUCAAGGAAAAGUUUUGUAUGUGACACAUUCUACUAUAAACAUAUCCUUCAAAUAAUUAACUUAUAUGGACAUGAAUAGUUGUACAAAAAAUACUACUAACCAAGUUCAAAAUAUGAAGUAUUAAAUUUCUCAAACUAAAUUUGUGCUUCCACACAGUAGCGUGCAGAGAGGGAGGGGGGGGCGAAUAUUUAAUAUCCAAGAGUCGAAUCGAAUAGUAUAACCCUAUCCGCCCUUCCCCAAGGUUUUAGGUACAAGGCCCCGGGCAUCACAGAACCUCUGCAUGCCACUGCUUCCACAUAAAACAUUUUGACACUCAAGCCAAAAAUACAACAUAAAAAUUAACUAUUUUUCAGUAAUAAAUACUAUAAACAAAAUUGUUUGGCUGACAUUUACAUUAAGUUUUUCAAAAACAAUCUUAAUUAAAUAUCUGUGUACGAAACAUAUGAGACUGACAGGAAACAUAAAAAUGAAGGAUAACUAACCCAUGAAUUACUGAUUUGUUUUUAUAUCAUUAAGUAACAGUGGGGUCUUAAGUAUUUUAAGUUUUUAUCUGUUAACAUCACUCAGUGGAAAGUGUUUUUUUUAUUUAUUUAUGGCAAAGCUAUUAUGUCUAUCCAUUGCCAUCUAUAAUUUUGAACUACUGAUCAGGGGGAAGGGUAGGGACCCCAAGUUAACAGACAUGAACCCACAAGCAAUUUACUGCAUAAAUAGUUUAGAAAAAUGCAUUUACAUAAUCAAGAGAGUAUGGACCUCAUCAGUAAUUUUAGGGUUAAAAGCUACAAGUAAUUUUCUUAAGAAUUCAAACAGCUGAUUCAUAACUUUAUAAGUUUUAGAUCUGCUAUCUUCUUUGAAUAACAUAGCCCUAAAAUUUAGGAAACAUUUAACCACAAUUACACAUCAUUUAGCUGUGCAUUUUCACUCAUACUACAAACCCUAAUUACUUUAUAAGCUAAAUAAAAAUAAAGUUUGCUUAAUUGUGUAUGUGCUUUACAGGCCUAAAUAACUGCCUAAAAGAAGUAUUACAUUUGUCACCUACAUAUAUUUGUCCUCACAACUGUUUUUCUCAGAGAAUUCUGAUUUUCCUGUUGCACACAAGUGCUAUGGAUUUUACUUUUUUAUACCUUAGAAACUGAACGUAGUUAUUCAGAUUUAUUAAUGUAAUUUUUUUUUUCAUACAGGCAUUCUACAUUUGAUUAAAAGUUUGCAUUCAAACAGA